AGAAAAACAAGACCAAAGACUUUGCUUGUUCAAGUUCUGAAAUAAUAAAAAGCUUGUGGCGGCUUCCUUAAAACCCUAAUCUUUUGCACUUCCUCUCUCUCCCCAAAACCCUUCUCUCUCUCUUCCCUCGGCUCUAAGAGAAACGAUGACGAAGAAUAACAACAACAACAACAACAACGAGGAAGAAGAGUUCGUCAGCUUCGGACACAAUCUGAACACGAAGAUACGCUUCGAAGACGCUGAUGAAGACGAAGCUGCACAAGGCUCCGCUGAAGCCGCCACCGCCCAAGAUGAAUCCAUGUGCGACGCCGCAGAUGGCACAACCGAAAUGGCUGAUGAUACCACCAGCGCCGAUUACUACUUCGAUUCCUACUCUCACUUCGGGAUUCAUGAAGAGAUGUUGAAGGAUGUAGUGAGAACAAAGACUUACCAGAACGUGAUUUACCAAAACAAGUUUCUCAUCAAGGACAAAGUUGUUCUUGAUGUUGGUGCUGGGACAGGGAUCUUGUCUCUCUUCUGUGCCAAGGCUGGAGCUAAACAUGUCUACGCUGUUGAAUGCUCUCAAAUGGCUGACAUGGCUAAGGAGAUUGUUAAAGCCAAUGGCUUUUCUGAUGUAAUAACGGUUUUGAAAGGGAAGAUUGAGGAGAUAGAGCUUCCUACUCCUAAAGUGGAUGUGAUCAUAUCUGAGUGGAUGGGUUACUUUCUGUUGUUUGAAAACAUGUUGGACAGUGUCCUGUACGCUCGCAACAAAUGGCUUGUUGAUGGUGGGAUUGUGCUACCAGACAAAGCCUCUCUCUUUCUUACAGCCAUAGAGGAUUCAGAGUACAAAGAAGACAAAAUUGAAUUUUGGAACAGUGUGUAUGGUUUUGACAUGUCAUGCAUCAAGAAAAAGGCUAUGAUGGAGCCGCUUGUUGACACUGUCGACCAAAAACAGAUCGUCACUGAUAGUAGACUACUUAAGACGAUGGAUAUCUCAAAGAUGUCUUCUGGUGAUGCUUCCUUCACUGCUCCCUUCAAAAUAGUUGCACAACGGAAUGACUACAUCCACGCCCUCGUAGCCUACUUUGACGUGUCGUUUACCAUGUGCCACAAGCUUCUAGGUUUCUCAACAGGACCAAAGUCACGGGCCACGCACUGGAAACAAACAGUCAUGUACCUUGAAGAUGUGUUGACAAUAUGCGAGGGUGAGACCAUCACUGGAAGCAUGUCGGUUUCUUAUAACAAGAAGAAUCCUAGAGACGUUGACAUAAAGCUAAGCUAUUCUUUGGAUGGUCAGCACUCCAAGGUCUCAAGAACUCAACACUACAAAAUGCGUUGAAAUUCUCUCAAAAAGAAGCAUUUCUUUAAGCUUUCAGCUGAAACUGAGAAGAUACAGUUUCUCAAAUUGUGAUAUUAGUUUUUGUAUUUUUUUGUCUUCAAGUUUUGCAACAUUCCCUUUGCUUCACAGUUUACACUGCUGCAUUUGUCUUUAUGUUUCUGAGUUUCAGAUUAAUGAUUUCACUAAACAAACU